AUACGAGCGGCCGCGGCCGCUGUCACUAGGACACUGCAUCCAUCGCCAACCAGACAUGGGGAAGAUCACUUUCUACGAGGACAGAGGCUUCCAGGGCCGCUGCUAUGAGUGUAGCAGCAACUGCCCCAAUCUGCAGGCCUACUUCAGCCGCUGCAACUCCAUCCGGGUGGACAGUGGCUGCUGGAUGAUUUACGAGCAUCCUAGUUACUCAGGACAUCAGUAUUACCUGAGAAGGGGAGAAUAUCCUGACCACCAGCAAUGGAUGGGCUUUAAUGAUACUAUUAGGUCCUGUUGUCUGAUACCUCAACAGACUGGCUCUCAUAGGAUGAGACUGUAUGAGAGAGAAGAAUACAAAGGUCUAAUGUCAGAGCUCACCGAUGACUGCCCUUGCAUCCACGACCGUUUCCGACUGAAUGAAAUCCACUCCUUCAAUGUGCUAGAAGGUUGCUGGGUCCUGUAUGAGAUGCCCAACUACAGAGGAAGGCAGUUCCUACUGAGACCUGGUGAAUACAGGAGAUACCUGGACUGGGGAGCCAUGAACGCCAAGGCAGGCUCUUUAAGGCGGGUUAUGGAUUUAUACUAA